GUACGCCGGCCGCUGCUGCUCCUCGCCGGACGGCACCGGCGGCAUCGGCGCGCUCCCUCGCGUGCAGCGGCCGAUGCGCGCCCUCUCCCUCCCGCUCUCCCUCCCGGGCGGGAAGAGACGACUCGACGAGGCGAGCGGCGGCCGCUUGCUGCGAGCAGUCCCGUCGGCCGCCAUCGCCGCCGCGUCUCUCCGCCGCUCGGGGUGGGCGGCCCCGCUGCAAGGCACCUCUCCCCCAGCCGGCGGCCGCCCCAACUGCGAGUGGGUCGACCUGGCCGCGCCGGCGGCGGAGCGCGCCGUCAGAGCGUACAAGGCCGCGCUCUCGGCGAGCCGCGGCGAGAGAGGCCUCGCUGAGCACGAGCACGACGCGCACGGGCGUGGAGGUCGUGGAGGUCCUCCCGAGCGGUGGCUGAAGCUGGGCAAGGCGCACGUGGACGCGCUCGGUUUGUACGGAAUCGCGAGCGUUGCUCAGGCGAACAGCGGCGACGUCACGCACGUUGCGCUGCACGCUCUCGGCUUCGCCGCCGCCGAGCACGCGGGGUCCCCCCGCUGCCUCGCCGCCGGGGGCGGGCCUGCAGACCUGUCGCCGAGCCUCGCGAUUGCGUCCCUCUCGCCUGCUUGGGCGGGGCUCCAGCACGGCUUGCUCGCCGGCGGGCUCGGCGCCGUGAACGCCACCCCGUCCUCGCCGCUCUACGGCCCCACGGUGUGGGAGUGGGCGCUCUCGGCCCAGGCGUGCGAUGCGGGGUCGGCGAGGCGCGGCGACCGCGGCGCGGCCGUGGACGGGCAGGCUGGCCUCGCGCGCGGCGCCGCGCUGAGAGACUACUCCUCGUGCGUCCACGGGCUCGGCCACGGCUUGCAGAUGGCGGUGGGCGAGGUUGAGCGCUCGGUCGCCGCGUGCUCGCACGGGCCUCGCGGAGCGGAGCGGUGCCAGUGCGCGUCGGGCGUCUACAUGCAGGCCCAGAUGGAGGGGCGGAGAGCCACGAGCUGCGACGCGGCGCCCCCGUACGCAACGCCCGCGUGCUGGCUCCGCCACUGGACGACGGCGCAUGAGCACGCCUUCACCCCCGGGGCGGACCCAUGCGGCAUUGCCUCCACCCCGCUCGGCCGCGCGGCCUGCGCCUUUGGAUGGGCCAAGGCGACCAUGCUGCCUUGGCACCGCCGGAACAACGAGCCGUCCGCCUCCGCGCCAACCAUGCGCACGACGCAGGGCGCCGCCUCCUUCCUCCACUAUUGCGCCGUCUUUCGGCCGCGCGGCGGCGGCGGCGCGACGGACGACCGCGCGUGGCGCUCGUGCCUCUUCGGCGCCAUUUCGGACCUCGCGCGCGAAAAGCGGGCGGGCAUCGAGCUGCUCUCGCGACAAGCGGUGGACGACGGCGCCGGCGGCGCCGGCAAGUGGCGCGUGCUGCGCGCCGCGUGCGAGACCUACUUCCCGCCCGACGCGUCCGCUCUCGGGACGACUGGCGGCUCUGGUGCGGGGCAAGCGCCUCUUUCGGCCGCCGAGCUCACGUCUGUGCGCGCGCUUUGCCUGGACGCGCUCCUGUCGCACGCCAGCUUCGAGUUCUACUCGCCGUGCGGGCUGAAGCUCCUCACGCGUUGACGGCGGGUCCAGCGCGCCUCGCUUGGGCUAGGUCUAUCGGCGUGGAGUGCCGUGGCGUUGGGGGACGACGAUAGGUGGCGAAGCGCGUUACAUGUAUCUGCUCUUACCUGAGCGGAGCUCUCUCCUCCCUGUCGCGCGCACGGCCGCCGCACCGGCACGCAGAGCCAUUGCCCACUCUUUCGUAAAAGUAUGUAUGUAUCUAUUACGUGCAUUAG